UGCAAACUCUCUCUCCUGUGAAAGGAGGCACUGCUUACAUAUUUUGCAUGCAAAUACAGAAACUGGGCUGAAGCUAUGGGAGAUCCUAAUCAGCAGCCGGCUUCGCUUUCUGAACAGGACAGAGGCUGCAGAUGCCAUUGCUCAACCAGAAGCUAAAAUCAUGGUUCCCCAACUCCCACUGAUUGUUUGCUUCCUGUUAUUUAACCAAUCCAUGAAAGGACUUUGCCUCAUAUCUCAUGCAAAUCCAGUUAUACAGUAUCAACUAGAUCACCUUUAUCCACAUGACACUUUCAAAGAAGUCUAAAUGAUCUUAACAAAGAAGAAUCCAGAUGGGGUGCAGGUGCUGUAAAAUGAUACAAAGCUACAUCUUUGAUCCCCAAGAAGUACAGACAUCUGGGUACGUCAAUGAAAUAAACAACUAUAAGUCAGAUGAGCAAGAUGGAGGCAAAUUCAAAGGCAAACACAACAAUGAAAUUCAGGUACAUAAAAAUGAACUGCAAAACACUGACUCACAACUAGCAGCAAACAGGCACAAACUGAACAACACGAAGGAUGCCAUUGGGAACCACAGGAGUACUGCUCUUCACAAAGAAGGGCUUGGGAACUGUGUUGAAAAAUACAACUUCAAUAUCAAUGGCCUCCAUUCCUAUUCUGGAAUUAAUCUCAGUCCCAAUCCAAACCAAAGUAAAGAGGUCAGCACACACGUCUGUUCUGGUCAGUUACCCAGUUCUUCAGCCCAAGGGCUCCCUCAGCCAAAGGAGUGUGACAAUGACAAGUCCCUAGAUGCUGAAUAUUGCCCCAAGCUAUCUUCAGAGGCAACGGAAAAUGUUCACUAUGAGGAGUCCCAGCGCAUAGGAGUCAAUAUUUCCGCUGCUCAAAGUGCCAUACUGGAGGCCCAAGAUAAUGGUGUCCAUUUGCCUGGCCUGGAUGACGCUCAACAUGCCAGCCAUCCUGUGACAGAGAGAGCUGUUGGAAGUGAACCUCUGCCAAAUAAUCACACACAUACAGACCAAAGCACUGAAUGCACAACUGUAAAUAAACAUGGGGACCUGCCAUUAUGCGAGUCUAGAAGCUGUGCUGCGGCAGGGAAAGCCUGUAGUAGGGACACUUUAAAUGUGAAUUUGAAGGACAAAAAUGCUGAUGCUAACCCAGCUCCACGGCCCAAGACAGAAGCCGUACAAGAAAUUCGAUAUGUUUGCCAUGAAGAGAUCAAUGGAGAACUAGAUGAAGAGGAGGAUGCAGAUGUAGCAGAGGCUCUUGCAGCACUAGAGGCUGCUACAGCAGGAGAAGAUUCCGAUGAGGAAGAGGAGUAUUAGAUAAAGAUACUGCUAAGUGUUUUCUCUCUCUCCAGGAACCAAGCUGAAAUGCUGCACACGUUGGGGGCCUGUCUUUGGAGGUUGCCAUUGUAGGACUUUACCCAAGACAACUAUACCUUGUGGGUGGGAAUAAUCUAAGAAAGUGAGCUAAUGAACAGGGGCAACCACUGCCACACCCAAUGCUGUACUUUCUCCAGGAAUAUGCCACCACUAACACCACCCAAUCUUAUGCUUAUGAUCCAUCCCUCAACAGUGAGAGGCAUCAACUCCUGCAAGCCAAGGUGAACUCCCUCUAUUUGCCAAGGUGAUAGCUCCAACUGCAAUGAAUUCAUAUAUACUGCAGUUACGGUAUAUGUACCUUACUGAGAAUGAACUCUAGCAAGCAUCGUGACUUUUAGUCAAGUUCUCUUCCAUUUGGAGAAAAAAGACAACCUUGGUUCAUUAAAGCACUAAGUGUCCCUUUAGGCCAGUAGCUAAGGAGUAACCUCACUUUCUUCAAAUAAGCCAGUAUGUUGGAUCUUUUUCCUGCUGCACUCCCAGGGCUGCUACAGCAUUUCUUUCAUAUGAUCCUCCAGGGUUUAUAUGCUCUAGGGAGUUCCAUUUGUCUUAAAGCAAAACAGUUUCAACAGAGCUCAGCUAAAGCUACUUGGGAGGGGGCGGGCAGGCAUUUUUAGCAGUACCAAAAAAAAAAAAAAAAAAGCCUGCCAUUUCAUCCCUCCAGCCAAAAAUGUUUGCUUAUUCAUUUAGAUCGCCAUCAGUGGCAUCACCACAUAGCUAAAUCUGAUUUAAUCCAUUGUGUUCCGAGGUCAUCCUUCCUGUUCACUGUUUGAACUCCACUGAGUUGAUCAGCCAUUAUUAAUUGAGGAAAGUGAAGGCAGCUGCAGAAACAAUGAUGCCUAACAGCAUAGUUAACACACAAAUAUUUCCCUAUGCUUAGUGUUUUGGGGAAAACUUCUGCGACAUUGAAAUUGCUAGCUUCUGACCUAAAAAUCAAGGAUGACCAUGUGUCUUGGGGCACCUUUAAAGACUAACCAGUUUAUUGUUUUCAUGUUAUGCUCUUUAACAAUAAAUUGGUUAGUCUUUAAGGUGCCACAAGACCUUCUUGUUCUUGCUGCUACAGAUUAACAUGGCUACCUCUGCAAGUAGUUACCUAAAAAUAUGGAAGAUAUUUAGUUCAGCAACUGCUUAAGUUUUAAGAAAAACCUUUUUUUUAAAAAAAAAUUACUAAACCACUACUGCUCACCCCUGAACAAAUCUGACUUAUUUUCCCAGUUGGUACCAUCGCAUCAUUUCAGGCAUAUUUUGUUUUGCAGAGAUUCCCCUUAAGUACUCCUUUCUGCUAAUGCCUAAUGGUGCUUCUCAUCCUAACUGUGUUGCUGUAUGUGCAGUGACAAGUGCCAUUGUGCCACUUAGCUAGGUGCUUGAAGUUCCUUGGGGCUAAUUACAGCAAGUGUUAAUUUUCAGCACUGAUGUUCCAGAAACAACUGUGAUUUGGCUUCAGUUCCUCUAAGUGCAAGAGAAUUCUGCUGUGGGAUGGAACCAGAGCAUGAUCACAUUGAAGUCUUAAGAGUGUAAAAUGAGUACAAAGAUAGAGAUAACAUGAGAAUCAAAUCACACACAUUGACAAGUGGUUUCAACACAAGGCCAGUUGGCACAUGCAUGUAUAGCACUCGAUUUAUCACUCAGCCUACUCACAACUAAGUGUGUAAAAAGACUUCAUCCAAAAGCUUUGCGUGUGGAGCCAUCCGAAAGCUUCAUCUCUACUGUUUGCUUGCUCAUUCACACACACAACAGUGCUGAUGUUAGCAAACAAAGCAAGGGUAAGUCUAAGUGGGCUGUUUAGUGCUCAUUAUUACACCUUGUUCUCUCACUCUUGACAGCGAAUCUCUUUUCACAUGACAUCACCCAGCUGUGGGCAACCUGUGUGUUCCCUGCACAGCUUGUCACAUGCUGAUUGAGCAGAGACAUUUUUUGAGAACAGUAUUACUGGGACAUGUGGACAGUGGCACACCUAGGCAUUUUGGAAGCCCAGACUUAAAGGGCUUUAGAGGCCCAAUACCCCACCCACCCAGGCGAGGCCCUCCUUCCCCCCCGAUGAGGCCCACCCAUGCUAUACUGAGCCCCCCCCAUGAGGCCCCCUUCCUCCCUGCAGCCCCCACCCCCCACCCCCAUGCCCACCCCGCUCCCCUCUUUCCUGUGCUGCCAUGUGUGUGGCUGGGGUGGGUGGGAGCCAAAUGGGCCUCCUCUGUGCUGCCAGCGGCAGCAGCUAAGCCCUUGUCUGGGCUGGUGAGUCUCUUCGGGUCUGCUGGAGGUCUGAGCACCCUGCAGUGUGAGUUUUGGGGGUCGCAAGCUGUGUCAUCACAGGCCUGUGACGCCCCAAACCCACACUGCACAGGCACGCAGGAGCCGCUCACUUGUGCCUCCAGCAGGCCCAAAGAGACUUACCAGCCCAGCUAAGGGCUUAGCUGCUGCCGCUGUGGAGGAGGCCCACUCAGCUCCCUCCCACCCUGGCCGCACAGGAAAGAGAGCAGUGUGGUAGAGAGAGGGCCCCCCCAGGACAUUUGAAGGCCCCCUCCAGACACUGAGGACUGGACUUGAUCCCCGAAGUCCAGUCCUAAGUGCGCCACUGCAUAUGGACUCCUUUCAGUGCGACUGUUCUGUCUUGUUAUGAGAGGCACAUCCCCAGGUACAUCAGAAAGAGGAGCCGAAGGGGGAGGAUCAGUAUCCUGUGUCCCCAAAGCAUGCAUCUUUCCUAGUGCGUAAGUAGCUAUACAAUUCUGCUUGCAACUCAGAGUUUGCAACUUACAGAGAUGAACGUUUGGGGUGGUAUACAAAUUUGAUUGAUAAAUAGACAAAUAGCAGAAAACCACAAAAGGGGUGGCACUCCAAGGAGCACAUCUGAAAGUGCCUCACAGAAUUUAAGUGCCUGUUGUUUCCUGAGGAACAGUUGCUAGAAACCUGUAUAUGCUAGGGCUUUUUAAAACAAAUACAAUAACAUUUAACUCCUACAUCCUUGGAUUUUUAACCCCCGGAAUCUUUGCAAUGCUAUCCCACCCUGAAUGGCUAAGACACAUAACUUUGAGAGGGGGAACAUAUUGAGUGAGCAUUCCCAUAUUAACUCCUAAUUCUCAAAGGUCUGCCUUUAAAUAGUUUAAAGUGUUCCAACCUUCAAGACAGUCCUAUGUUUCUUGAAGGCAGCAAUAGCUUAGUGCAUAGGAAGCUGAAGUUAGAGCUAAAUCCAAUCCUUCCCCUUCAAUGGUGUUUUGAGACCUAGAAGGGAUGUGGAGUGUUUGUAUGGAAGCAGCCCUCAAGCAGUACAAUGAAAGUGCAUAUGGACAUUGAUUGCAGGGCUGUACUUAGUAUUGUGUGGCUACAUAAGAGAUCAGCAACUUGAAUAAGGCCAAAGCAAAUCUAAUUUAACACCAGAAUGGUUGAUGUGUUGAAAGACAUUCAAUCAGGGGCGUAUCUAGGGUGGGGCAGGCAGGGCACGUGCCCUGGGCGCCACUUGAAGGGGGGCACAAAUUCUUAAAAUUAAUUAAAAAAAAAAAAUGGCCACCAAAAACAAAAUGACCACUGCACAUGCUCAAAUGGCCUCUGUGAGGCCCUAGGCCAUGCCAGACCUUGCCAUUUGAGCAUGUGCGGUGGCCAUUUUGUUUUCAGCAGCCAUUAAAAAAACACAAUUAUUUUUAAAAAUGGCCACAGCACAUGCUCAAAUGGUCCCUGCGAGGCCCUAGAGGCCAGCGGUGGGAGGGGUAAUUUUUGCAGAUGCCCCCCCUCCCACGGCCUAUAGGAAGCGCCCCGAAGGGGCUACAGGUAAAAAAAAUUAAUUUAAUAUAAUAUAAGUCGCUGUACACAUAUUCAGUUUGGCACUAUGUACAGAGAAUCAGGGCUUGUGAAUACUGAGCUGAAGCUUAUGAGCUAGGAUUGUAUUCAUUUGCUCUUACUUUGCUUCUUAUUAUAAGUGAGUUAAAUGUGGUGUCUUAAUAAUAUGGCUAUUAAUGGUGAGUUUGUCUUUGAAUCAGUGUGAAAUCCUUAGUAUUAAGGCCCACUGGGAGUUUCUUGCUCUCUUUCUCUCAUUUUAACUGUCUCUCUGAAAUACUAGAAUAUAUUCCAAGCAGUGACACAGUUUACUCUGCAUAUCCUUUAAUAAUUUUCAGAGUAUCUGGGAAAAGCCAAAUUCUCCAUUUAUUUUUAAAACUUAUGUAAUAGUGAUGCUACAAUGCACAGUAGAGAAUUAGAUAGGCACUUCUGUUUAGUUUUCCAAGUACACCUCCACAUAGUAUUUGAGUAUUUCAUGAGCCCCAGCAUACUGAAAUUUGUCAUUUUCCAGCAUUUUUUGGUCUGGCUACGUCCACUGCUAAAUAGUUUUUGAAAUUUUAAAAGAUUAAUGAGCUUGACUUAUAUUUUUCAGCUGAUAUUAUAGUAAAGUUAUCUGAAAGAUGGGUGUCAGAUGUUUGGACAGGGGGCACAAUUUCAGUGCUUGCCCUAGGCACUAUUUCCCCUAGAUACGCCUCUGCAUUCAAUGGCUUUCUCUAUGGCAGUUUCUGCUAUGUAACCCUGGUGGCUCAAGAGCUCUGUGCACCUGAGGUAAGGGACCAAAUGUGCACACCCUCCUUCCCCUCUUUAAGAAGUGGGGGCAGGAGGGUACCUUGCCAACUUGGCCCAAAAAAUCAUUCACCUGAGGUAACUGCCUCGCCUCACCUCAUGGAAGUCCCGCUCCUGUACUGGAGUCAUCAUUAUUUUGUCCCAAGUUUAAUCUAUUCAUGGCAUUUGAGAAAAAUAUAGUGUAUCCUAUUGAAAAAUAUUUCUUUUCUGGCUAUUGCCAGGUAUUCCCUUGGACAUCAAACUACUUUAACUUCACUUUGUUUACUCUGUGGUUAGAUGCCUCUAGAAAUGUGAGAAAUGAAAGCUACUUGCUACCUGAUGUUAGACUCAAGCUUAAGUUACAACCAACCAUUCCCCUUUGAUUUUAUAUUGAGAAUAUCUGAUAAGAAUCUAUUGUAACUUGUUAAUAAAUUGUUUUAAAUGUGAAGAAAUUCUAUCAGUUGGCUUUUAUAUUUAAAACUUUCCAAAAAUGACGUAACUGUUGCCAAUAAACCUUUCAAACACUGAAA